CGGAUACGGAUGUCGCAGCCUACUUUAAACUCCAGCUUUUCAGGAAUGAGUUUCACUAGUAUGAAAGGUCAUCGUUUGUCUUACUCAAGUCUCAGGACCUCUGGUGAUAAUAGUAUUAAUCUACCACCCCAAGAGGAACGUCUCUCAAUACCUAAUGUUUACUCAAUGCAACUUGGUGACAAUGUCAAGUACUACGGUGGACAUCGUGGCUCGCGUCUCUCUCAACCUGAUAUUCGUCGGAUGCUAAGAGCGCCUGAUCCAAAUAAACGUGAGCGGCUUUCACAACCUACUUUAGUAACGGGUGAUUACUAUCCACCACGUAUGCAGCAUCAGAGGUUAUCACAGCCUUGUUUAUUGACCACUUGGAAUGAGAAACCUGUUGGAUUAUUGUCUCCUAUUAAACAAAAACGUUUUGGCCCGGCGGUUAAAAUUAGUCAACGUGAAAGAUUGUCUCAGCUAGACUUUGGAGCAAGAUUUCAUCAUAAAGAGACUAAAACUAAUCGUGAUCGGUUUUCAAUACCUGAACUAGAGACGCAGAAUGAUUUAAAACUUAUUGCUGGGUCUCCAAAGCAACGGUUUAGUCUUGACAGUCAAUUGAAUCCGGAUAACCGUGUACGAAGAUUGUUGCCAAUAGCCAGUUCUCCAAUUUUCGAACAUGGAUUUGGCAAAGACGGUAAAAAUGGACAUUUACACACUGAAGGACUAGAGAAUGUAAUUGUUGCUACAGCAACUCCUCUGAUGCCUCCAGCAGAUCGACAAUUUCUUGCGCCUAUUCUGAAAACUCCAAUCGGUCCUUUACCUAAUCUACCAAUUCCUUUGGUAACUCCUCCACGUGAGCGAAUGUCUGUGCCGGAAAUACGAAGUUCAAGUUUGAGAAGAUUGCUCGAUCCUCCUUCUAAACAACGACACAGCAUUGCUGGUCUACGUCAACCGUUGGUUCACCAAGAGACUAGCCAAGAAAAUGAAGAAAAAGACGGGGGAGUUGAUCCGGUAAAAAAACCGGUAAAAAUUGAACUAGAAAAAAUGGAUGAACAAGCUGAAAUAGAAGACACCAUUAUACAGCCUAAACAUAUUCAAAGACAUUUUUCGUAUACUUAUGAUACGAAAGACGAGCCUGCGGAAGUAAUAGGUAAGCUCAGUGUUGCAUUACCGAGAAAAAAGUAUUUAGAAAGUAAUUUCGAUGAGAACGAGCAAGUUAUUACGACAGUUAUUGAAACUGAGAUACCUAUGAUAUUAUCUAGUCCAAAGUAUAUGAAAAAAACUCAUGUAUACGCCAGCGAAGCGCCAAAGUGGAUGAAAAAAUGCCUCGAGAGUCCGAGUAAGAAACCUGAGACGGAAAAAAGUCACGUGUUGAAGCUUAAUAACCAACGCAAUACUCUAAAAACUAAUAAGAGUCCAGAUAAAAUAACUAAAAAGAAAACAACUUCACCUUCUAAAAGUGUUGCGCGCAAGUAUCCAGAUAUCAAGGAAAAUAUAAUGGAUGUUACGUCUUCAAUGACUUCAGUUAUCAUUGACGAGUGCAAAACAAGUCCCAAGGAUACUUGUGUAAGAAUUAAGUCAUCGGGAAAUGGAGAAAAUAAAUAUGAAGUUGCUAUUAAUUCAGAUUGGUCUGAAACGGAUAUUUGUAGAUUGUAUGGAAUCGAUUGCGAUACAGACAGUGAAGAUUCAACUUCAGUAUAAAAAUAUAAAUAUAUAUAUAUAUAAAUUAUGUGUAUAUUCACUUUGUUAAGUUUAAUUGUAUUUAUUUCUAAGGACCAAGACAUUGUUUCGACAAGACUUAUUUUGUGGACAGUGAAUACUUUUAAAACAAUUGUGUCCGGCUUAGAAAACUUACAUAGGAACCGAGCAAAUUUAUUAUUAUUAUUAUUAAUAAAUGUCUAUCAUUUUUAUAAAACGUCACUAAAGGUAUUGUUUAUAUAUAUAUAUAUAUAUUUAUUAACAAAAAAAAUUUAUGUGUACAUGAAAAUCAAAGAACCUACGAAAAUUCCGAAACAAACUAAAAAAAAUCGUAUUACUUCGGAUAUUUCCGUAGUUGUUCGGUUACCAACGGUUUAUUUUCCAAGCCGAAGACGAUAAAUGGCACAAAAAUAAUUGUUUCUUAUAUUUAUUUUAUUUAUCGACAGGCAUGUUUGGAAGCAUUUGAUUGUUUAAAUACAAAAGAUAUAGAUUUAAUAAUGUCGGCCAGCGUUAAAUGUAACUAUUUACAGUACGUAAAUAUUAUAACAAUAAUUUUUUGUCAGAAAAUUUUAUCAAAGACAAAGUUAUUUAAGUACAUAAUUUUUUGUUUAUAAUUACAAAAAACUAAUAAUAGAAAAAAAAAAUAUAUAUAUAAAUAUA